AUGAAGUUCUUCUCUCUUGCUGCUCUCGUGACCAGCGUUAGCGCUGCAGCCCUCGCCCCCCGUGGAGAUGACCAAUAUCCUCCAGGUGCCCUCAAUCGCCGUGGAGGUGACCAAGGUCAAGGCCCUCCAGCAGGAGGCCCUGGAGGUGCUGGAAACUGGGGUGACUGGAGCAAGUCUGCUGUGACCGUGACCGAGACUCAGACGGCGUGGUCCACUACCACUGAAACUGUUCCCACAACCGUCUAUGCGACCACAACUCAAGUUGUUCCCACAACAGCCUAUGUGACCACGACUCAAGUUGUGCCCACGACGGCAUAUGCUACCAUCACGGCAUUCCAAACGGCCUUUAAGACCACGACCGUUGUUAACACCGCAACGGUGACGACUGCCACCCCUGUAUACAAGACGGUGACCCAAACAUCCGUCAGCACUGCCUAUGCUACGGUGACCCAGACGUCCGCCACGACUGCCUAUGCUACGGUCACAGCCACGACCACUAAUUACGCCACGGCAACAAUCACUGCUCUGAAGACCGUCUUCCAGACCGCCACUACAACUGCCUAUGCGACGGCCACGACCACGGCUUAUGCCACUGUCACUGCCACCACCACUAAUUACGCUACGGCCACCACCACUGCUUACGUCACACCUGCUCCUGUGACCCAGUAUGUGACCGUGACUGCGACCGUGACUGCACAGGCGGCCAAGCAGACUUGGGGUGACUGGCACGCUUGA